CUGUGUUUGACCUGAAGUCAACCAAAGGUUUGAAAGCAAUCAAGAGCAAAACUAAGAAACGUUGAGGGUAUCAAGUAUAUCACAGAAAAAUCUGAUAGUAGUGUAAUUAGACAUUGUAUAUGAAAGACAAUAUUUGAAAAUGAAGAAACGCAAUACAUAUAGUUUGAAACUGAUCGAUGAGAUCUACAGUCAUAUACCAGCUUUCACCGACUUAUUCGAUGAAGAAACGUGGUACACGUUUGUUCUGUGCUUUGUUGCAGGCACCAUAGUGUUGGUAUUCAUAAUAUCCAGGUUCAUUACUUUGAAACCAAUUGAAUAAUCAUCAACAAUGAUUACUUUUUAAUCGAACUAAGGAAAAUUGUGUUCUAGUUUCAUGUUUUUCCCUGUUUUAUCAUGAACACAAUUUUUACAUCACUUCCACUAUAAAA